AUGCAUAAAGACAGUUUGAAUCCAGAGAGCGUAACAGAAGUGAGGACAAACAUCUAUGUAACGAGUUUUGGACCCGUUUCAGACACGGACAUGGAGUACACCAUCGAUGUCUUCUUUCGCCAGAGUUGGAGGGAUGAGAGGCUGAAGUUUGAUGGGCCCAUGCAGGUUUUACCCCUCAACAACCUCCUGGCCAGUAAGAUCUGGACUCCUGAUACUUUUUUCCACAACGGAAAGAAAUCUGUAGCCCACAACAUGACAACUCCUAACAAACUGCUACGACUAGUCGACAACGGCACGCUUCUGUACACAAUGAGGUUGACCAUUCAUGCCGAGUGCCCCAUGCACCUGGAGGAUUUCCCGAUGGAUGCACACGCCUGUCCUCUGAAGUUUGGAAGUUAUGCUUACACAAAUAAUGAGGUGAUCUACCUGUGGACCCAGGGCGACGAGAGGUCUGUCGCUGUGGCAGAGGACGGCUCCAGGCUGAACCAAUAUGACCUACUGGGACAUGUUAUUGGCAAAGAAACCAUCAGUUCCAGCACAGGCGAAUAUGUAGUGAUGACAACAUAUUUCCAUUUGAAAAGGAAAAUUGGCUAUUUUGUGAUUCAAACCUACCUUCCGUGCAUCAUGACUGUCAUACUGUCUCAGGUCUCCUUCUGGCUAAACAGAGAAUCGGUUCCGGCGCGCACAGUAUUCGGUGUCACCACUGUCCUAACCAUGACUACCUUGAGCAUCAGUGCUAGAAACUCCCUUCCUAAAGUGGCCUAUGCCACCGCCAUGGACUGGUUCAUGGCUGUGUGCUAUGCCUUUGUCUUCUCUGCCUUGAUUGAGUUUGCCACAGUCAACUACUUCACCAAGCGCAGCUGGGCAUGGGAUGGGAAAAAAGAGGGCAUGGAAAUAAGGGAACCGUUUCAGGCUAACAUGGCCAGGAUUAAAGAUAUGAGAAGAGAAUCUGCGACUUUGUCCAAAAAGGCGAACAACACCUUCAACAUUGUCGGAACCACCUACGCCAUCAACGUAGCUAAAGAUCAAGGUUUAACGACCAUUUCCAAGAGCGCGGGAGCGUCGGCGAAGCAUCCCUAUAUGCCUGACCCCUACAUGGAGGCCAAGAAAUCCUACAACCGCGUCAGCAAAGUGGACAAGAUAUCACGCAUCAUUUUCCCAGUUUUGUUCUUCAUCUUCAACUUAGGUUACUGGGCCACAUAUGUCAACAGAAAGCCCGCUAUCAUGAAGGCAAACAACCUAAACUGAGUCUGACCAAAUGCUAUGAUUGAUUGGGUUUGGUUUCGGUGUGCCAAGUCCAUUACAUCUUUUUUGUGCGUGUGUAUGUGUGUGCGCGCAUGUUUUGUGUGUCUGUUUUUUCUUAGGCAUCUGAUAUUUUGCACGUCCGUAUAGAUGGAAGGCAAAUUUGACCAUACAGUAGAUUCACAUAGAGUAGUGGACCGUGGAGGAAGCACAUUGUCACGUCAGUCUGUGUUUGUGCAGCAUUUCUUUUUAGUUUUGUCCCCUCCACACUUAGCUCUGGCCCUGUUCUCUGUUGUGAGUAACCCGGUGAUCUUUGCUGUACCUUUGAUGGCUUGCUGUUUUGUAGAGUAGUCAAAUUGCAUUUUCACCAAGUUUGGACAUGUUUGCGCUUUUCUUAUGAUAAGUCAGGGCAAGCAUGCGUUCAGCGUUCUCGUUGUAGCUCAUUACCAGUAAUAAGGCUCUGUCACGUGCAUUGAGUUGAUGGUAUGCAUGCAGACACGCACACAAACACAUGCAUCAGAAGACACCAAGAGAGCCAUUUGCUGGUCGCUUUACUGUUAUUCUGUUAGCUGGGGGCAGACUGUGUAGGUCCAUAGGAACAUCGUUAAUAAUCGUCAGUGUCUGACCUUCAGCUUGCGCUGAAGUUCAACAGUCCCAAUACAGUAAUAUCUGGAACUGCUUUCGCGUCUCAUUGGGCUGCCUGUACAUUUUCUAGUUCAGUGGCUCUUUUAGGUUUAACUGGCUAUGUCCUACGACAGAGAAGCUACGUGCCUUGGUAAAUACACACAUCACAAAGCAAAAAAGGCUUUGACAUGCUUACACUUGCAUUUGCACACAUAUAGAUGACGGUCUGUGUGUUUACAUUACAUACAAACAUUUACACAAUGGCAUCCAUGCUCUGCAGUGUAGUGCAGUGUGGGCUGUGCAUCACGCACCCAACCGGUGGAGAUGGGUAUAAAGUGUAAAUGUUUCCCAUGAGUGCGGAAGGCUAACAGACCUUUCAGCACUAGUGAAAAGCUGAAGCAAAGAUAUUAAAGGAUAUAUCAUAGUCCGUGUCCCAUUUAUGUUUUGACAUGUUUUGGCAUCUCUGUGAGCUGAGCAGUCAUUACAAACUACCGCCAUUACCUCAGACUGAAGUCGAAUUCAAAUUCACACAUUAUUCUAUUUUUUUUCACCAUUCAAAUGCAAAUAACGUGACACGUUUCACACAUUAAAUCAUAGCAGACACUCGCCCUUUAAGUAAACUGUGAGCAGGCACCUUGAAACCUUUUAUUUUGUUUUUGUUUUUUACCCUUCUUUUGUUUCCAUCGGUCACCGUAGCCACACUCAUGCACAAGUGUUUUGAUUCGUGCUGUAUUUUUUGCCCUUUUAUACUUUGUCGUGUAAAGUCGUUUGAUUUGAUUGUCUCCAUAUAUUGUGUUUUGUAGUAAAAGUCGAGUCACAGUCAUGCAGCAUUUCUGAACACAUUUCGGAGACACUGCCAUCGCUGGCGACAGUUGCAUUGCAAAAUUCAUAAUAAUAAAACAACAAAUUGUUCUGAUCGUGCCAAAGAGCCACUAACGAUGGAGCGAUGAUCGCUCGUACAUUGAAUUUGUCUCUGAUUUGUUUAGUGGUGUCUGUAUUUCUGUGACACUCUGUGUUAUGUGUGCUCAGCGUUUAUGCAGGUCUAAAGCCAUUUCUGUUGCUUUUUAUGCUAAGCAAACUGUUUUUCAUCAUGUUAAAUACCUGCUCUGACAACCACUGUACUCGAUACUCUUUCAUACAUUAAGCUUACCAUUUUCAGUGGUAAGCUUAGGACAGUGAGUGAACCGUGUUGUGGCACCUGUAAAGGUUUGUUAAUACAAACCACGUAGAAGUGUUCAGUCAUAGCUUAAUGCAUGAUGAAGUCUGUACACGUUUUUUCGUCUUCGGCCUCAAAUAUUGGUGUUUGUCACUAAGGAAAUAGGGCUUGGUAUCAGUGUGUUGUACUUCAUCCCAGUUACUCAUAACCUCUCAUAACCCAGCAUCUGUAUAAACACACUUAAAUUCCAAUUAUUUGUGCAUAUUAUGCAAUGUUUUUGCUCUACAGCUGGUACAGAGUUUUGGGAGUGUUUUUACCCUUAUUUGGUCACACACACACUGAACUGGCUCUGCAGUCAUCUUAAUUAAUCAACACCAAUUGAGAAGAAAAUUUUGUUCCGUGAUUGAAAGAAUUAAGUUAAAUACAUCAAACAAGUUGCGGAUUUAGCAUAACAUGAUGAAAACAAGCUAUUCUUAUUAAAUAUAUAUAUUAUAUAUUAUGGUUACAAUUUAAUACAAGACCUUAUAUUUAUAAAAAAUGAUCAAUAUCAAAUGAAGAACAAAUAAGAUAUUUACUUUUUUAUUAUUAUAAAAUGUGAUCAGUGGCUAUUUGUAGAGCUCUGACUCUUUUAGCCAUCACAGUAAAUCCCAAGCAGUAAUUUCAAGCCAUAUAUAUGUGGACAUACACAAAGUGAGACCCUAUGUCCCACUUCCACUUGCAGCUAAAUUGCAACAGCGUGUGCAUCUCUUUGUAAACCUUACACAGGCAUUGGAAACACAGCGGCUAUAAUGGCAAAAUAAAGCGCGAUAGUAACCUCUGCACUGAAAUCGAGGAAUAGAAAUUCAUUUCAUUUCAUCGGACAAAUUAAAUGUAUAAUAACAAACAGGGUGAAGCAUGUCGCUGUGUCUUAAUGAUACGUAUUACCUCUGAAUAUUUCUGAACACCACACGUCAUCCCGGCGCAGUAUAGCUUUUUUUAAUCCGAUACAUUUCAUUGAUUUAUACAAUUUUCUAUUAAAACACCCUGUUUCCUCUUCUUUUUCUUCCUUUUUUUUAGGAUUUAGUCGCAAACAAAAUGAUCCAUUAUACACAUCCACUGAGGGUUUAUAAACCCUGCUGGCUGCUGCUAAAUGUGGAGCUGAUGACACACAGCAUUAAUGUUUGUGUAUGACUCUUCUGGGUAGUGGGAUAAAUGUACUGUAGGUACGUACUUCUAAGCAGAAACAGUCAUUUCUGAGGGACACAGUCGCUUUACUUAUAAAUAUCCCUGAUAUGCCCAAAGGCCCUUGUCGUGUCAGGAUCUGGUAUAAUGUGAUAACCAAAGAUCAAUUUGCGUUGUAAUUUCAUGUGUGCUACAGCAUUCAUAAACUUAUGUCUAACCCCAUUUACAACAUAAAAUAAGUGUGACUGCCAAGCUGUACUGACUAUACUGAACAAGUUAAAUAUUUACAGAAUAACGUACUUCUCUACACUUCAUCAAUUAUCAAUUUUUUUUAAAUCCAAAUAUGUUGUGUGUUUGUGAUUAGCAAACAAGGGUAAAACACUUCCAGAGCUAUAAGACCACAACCACUUCACUCUGCCGCUAAACUACAGCGUAAUAUUGUUGUCCAGUCUGCUUGGAAAGGCCAUAGCAGCCAACACAUGUCAUGGUGCAGAAAUAAGAAUCUGAGCAGUUUUUAAAACUAGAAAUUGUAAGAAAAAACUGUGUUUUGAAGAGUAUGCAUGUACACCUGUGGUAAUUGUUUUAUUUCCUUUUGAUUGAUUGUUUGAUUUGAACAUUCCUGGGAUGAUUUCGAUGAGCAGGACUCCACUGUACUGUUGCCAUUUAGGCUCGGCUACGAUCGUGUUAGUCGCGUGGUAACUCCUUUUCUCACAGGGCCAGAGUUAACUUCAGCAGAAACAUGUCAUCCAUAUGAGAUAGAGUAUAUUAAGACUAUAUUACUAUAUUAAUAUAUUUAUGCUAUUCAGUACAGCAUUAAAUAUUCUAUGUUUUAUACGACAUAACCUCAACAGCAUUUAUGCAAAAAAAUAAAAUAGGCAAACUAAACAAAUGAUUCAACUAAAUGGCAACAAUUCUAAUUGCGCAGAAUAAUUGCUCAGAAUAGUGCUACUAAGUUGUGAAUUUGUAGAUAUUGUGAAAUUAAUUCCGAUAGUUUUUGUGAAUAUUGAUAUGUCAUGUCAUUUAUUUUUACAUUUGAUAAGUACUGCUGUCUUACAUUGAGCUCUGUAACACUACGUGUUAUGGUAUUAUAAAGAUGUACAGUAGAGAUAAUACUCAUCGAGCUAUUUACACGAUCCGUACCUUGUGUGCACUUUUCAAACCUAACUGUGAAUAAGCAGCUGUCUGCAAGCAGAGUCGUACACACUGUGUUCUCUCUCCAGCAAUUUCACUGCAUGUCCCUACGCAUUGAGAGAUCAAAGACUUCCUCUACGAAGACAGCUCCGGGAACUUUGUGGACUUUGUGUUUUCGUUAGGAAGUGGUCUCUAUAUGCUCAGUGACUGGACUCUGUGUGUUGCCCUCUGUCAUUCAUGUGCUUACUGUAUGGGAUAUAGCAAAUGGAAAUGAGGAUUAAAAGGACCGUUAAUUUUG